AUGAACGAGGAAGAGGACCAGCAGUUGGUCAUUCUUCGUGAGUGGGACAUGAUAGUCACACAGGGCCAGGGCCAGCACUACCGCACCAACCACACUGUGAUGACCAUGGGCUCAGACUUCCAAUAUGAGAAUGCCAACAUGUGGUUCAAGAACCUUGACAAGCUCAUCCAGCUGGUCAACGCCCAGCAACAGGCCAACGGGAGCCGCGUCAAUGUUCUCUACUCCACUCCAGCCUGUUAUCUCUGGCAGCUGAACAAGGCCAACCUCACCUGGUCGCUGAAAGAGGAUGACUUCUUCCCCUACGCCGACGGCCCCCACAUGUUCUGGACCGGUUACUUUUCCAGCCGGCCUGCUCUCAAACGCUAUGAGCGCCUCAGCUACAACUUCCUGCAGGUGUGCAACCAGCUGGAGGCGCUGGCGGGUCCAGCAGCCAACGUGGGACCCUAUGGUUCCGGAGACAGUGCACCCCUCAAUGAAGCGAUGGCCGUGCUCCAGCACCACGAUGCGGUCAGCGGCACCUCCCGCCAGCACGUGGCCAAUGACUACGCUCGCCAACUUGCAGAAGGCUGGGGGCCCUGCGAGGUUCUCCUGAGCAAUGCGCUGGCGCGUCUCAGUGGUUCCAAGGAGGACUUCAUGUUCUGUCGCAAGCUCAACGUCAGCGUUUGCCCGCCCACCCAGACCUCGGAAAGCUUCCAGGUGACCAUUUAUAACCCCUUGGGGAGGAAAGUGGAUUGGAUGGUGCGGCUGCCUGUCAGCAAACACGUUUUCCUCGUGAGGGACCCCAGUGGCACAGUUGUGCCUAGCGAUGUGGUGAUGAUUCCCAGCUCAGACAGUCAGGAGCUGCUUUUCUCAGCCUCAGUGCCUGCCUUGGGCUUCAGCAUCUACUCAGUAACCCAGGUGCCUGGCCAAAGCCCCCAGGCCCACAUCCACCAUCCCAGAUCCCAGAAGCCCUGGUCUCGUGUCUUGGUCAUCCAGAAUGAGUACAUCCGGGCUAGGUUUGACCCUGAUUCAGGGCUCUUGAUGGAGUUGGAGAACCUAGACCAGAACCUCCGGCUGCCUGUUCACCAAGCCUUCUACUGGUACAACGCCAGUACAGGCAACAGUCUAAGCUCCCAGGUCUCAGGUGCCUACAUCUUCAGACCCAACCGGCAGGAACCACUGCUUGUGAGCCACUGGGCUCAAACCCACCUUGUGAAGACAGCCUUGGUGCAGGAAGUGCACCAGAACUUCUCAGCCUGGUGUUCCCAGGUGGUUCGUCUGUACCCGGGACAGCGGCACCUGGAGCUGGAGUGGACGGUGGGGCCAAUACCUGUGGGUGAUGGCUGGGGGAAGGAGGUCAUCAGUCGCUUUGACACUGUGCUGGAGACAGACGGACUCUUCUACACUGACAGCAAUGGCCGGGAGAUCCUGGAGAGGAGGCGGGAUUAUCGACUCACCUGGAAGCUGAACCAGACUGAGCCAGUGGCGGGAAACUACUAUCCAGUUAACAGUCGCAUUUACAUCACGGAUGGGAACGUGCAGCUGACUGUGUUGACUGACCGCUCCCAGGGGGGCAGUAGCCUGAGUGACGGCUCCUUAGAGCUCAUGGUGCACAGAAGGCUGCUAAAAGACGAUGCACGCGGAGUAGGGGAGCCGUUGCUGGAGGAGGGGUCAGGGCUUUGGGUGCGAGGGCGCCACCUCGUGCUGCUGGACAAGGCCCGGACCGCGGCCGCUGGGCACCGGUUGCAGGCGGAGAAGGAAGUCCUGGCCCCGCAGGUGGUGCUGGCCCGAGGUGGUGGCGCCCCUUACCGCCUCGAGGUCGCCCCUCGCACGCAGUUUUCGGGGCUGCGCCGAGAGCUACCACCUUCUGUGCAUCUACUAACAUUGGCCCGCUGGGGCCCGGAGACGCUGCUGCUUCGCCUAGAGCACCAGUUCGCCGUAGGGGAGGACUCGGGCCGCAACCUGAGCUCUCCGGUGACCUUGGACUUGACGGACCUGUUCUCCGCCUUCACCAUCACCGACCUGCGGGAGACCACGCUGGCGGCCAGCCAGCUCCGGUCCCACGCCUCCAGGCUCCAGUGGACACCAAACACGGGCCCCACACCCCAUCCUUCUCCUUCCCGGCUGGUCUCCACCACCAUCACGCUACAACCCAUGGAAAUCCGCACCUUCUUGGCCUCAGUGCAAUGGGAAGAGGAUGGCUAGACCUGGUGGAGGCAAGACUCCCCCAGAGCCUGAGCCUGCUCCUCCAGGCGCGGGGCAAACUCUCCCCCUUCUUCUCUUGCUGCUGCUGCUACCACCAAGGAAAGCCAUUAAAAUGCCACUAACAAGAAAA